AUGCCGUCAGCUAACAGCUUUCAUGUCGCGGAGGCGAUUGCUCCUGAUGAAUACGUCAAACUCAUUCUUUGUUUCGAUGGUACUGGUAACACCUUUAGUGGUACCAAUGCCGACACCAACGUGGUCAAGAUUCUUCGCAAGCUUGAUCGCAACAACAAAAACCAAUUCCAUUACUACCAGACUGGAAUCGGUACCUACGAUGUGGACGAGAAGUCGGUCCACAAGUCUACUCUCGGCGAGAUCAAGAGCAAGGUUUCCAAAACCAUUGAUCAAGGUUUCGGUACGACCUUUGACUCUCAUAUCAUGGCCGGCUACCGUUUCCUCAUGAGAUACUAUGAGCCCCAUGCCAAGAUCUACAUCUUUGGCUUCAGUCGUGGUGCUUACACUGCCAAGUACCUCUCACGAAUGGUCAACAAAGUUGGUCUUCUUUGCAAGGGCAAUGAGGAGAUGGUACCCUUUGCCUAUCGUCUUUAUGCCCGUUCUCUACAAUGUGAGAGCGACGAUCGUAUCGCUGCGAAAAAGAGCCGCAACGGCUGGUUGAUGGUGGAUGCUCCUGAACAGUUACCAGUCACCAACGAAGCUACCCCGCUGCUCGAUGAUAAUAAUCAACCCAACGGUGCUCCCAAUGGUUACACUAAUGGCAAUACCAAUGGUCAUACCAAUGGCGCUACCAACGGUGACAAAGGUUACUCCCAGUGCACCUGCGAUAAGGAAGACGAACAUGCCCAUGUUGACGAGGACGAGGACGAGGACGAGGAUAGCGACACUGACGAUGAGGAAGACAAGUCUACCUUCAUGGCUGGCAAUGUCAACAUCAAAAGACGACUCAGGACCAAGAUCGCCAGAAGAGAAGUCAAGGCUUUCGGCCGGACAUUCUGCCGUAACGAGGGAACAGACCCUAAAAAACAUGUGAACAUCAAGGUCCAUUUCCUCGGUAUGUGGGACUGCGUCAACUCUGUUGCAGUCGUUGAGAACAGUGCACCAGCUCCUGUUGAGAUUACUGGUACUGCGAAGCAUGUUCGUCACGCUGUUGCCGUCGAUGAGCGACGUGUAAAGUUCAAGCCUGCUCUUCUGGCACAGGAUAUCCGAACUGUCGUGAAGGAAACUGUCGAGGCAAAGGAGGCUGCGAGACAGAAGAAAGAGCUACUAAGACUGGGAAAGUGCUGCAAGUGCAAACUGCCAAAGAGAGAUAAGAGGACCCCAGCGCAGAUCAAGGAAGGUGCAGAGAAGCAAGAGAUAGAAGAUGCCAAGGAAGCCGCGGAGAAAGCUGAGGAUAUCAGAGAAGUCUGGUUCCCUGGUAACCACGGCGACAUCGGCGGAGGGUGGCCUGCUAUGCCUGAGCUUGUCGAGCCUGACAAGAUGCCAUGGUAUAAAAAGCUUGCGUGCGUCUUCAAGAGCAUGAAGCCUAAUGAUGUCACGGGUGAUCUCAAGAGCGAUGAUCUCCAGAUGAGUGAUAUGGCUCUCGACUGGAUGAUUCGAGAAGUCACUCUGGUUGGUAAGAAAGACGAGAAGAGUGCUGUCCACUGGUGUCAUACCGUCAAGAGGUUCAGGAAGAACAUGGAUAACACGGAAAUACCCGAGGGACAGACGAAGACCAAGCUGCAGAGAUACGUCAUUGAAGGCUUCAAGCACGACACCCUCAGCUUUGGAUACGGAUCAUCCUUCUUCAAGGUCCUUAUGUGGAACCUGAUGGAACAUAUUCCUGGAAUUCCCCGAUGGGAACUCAACGGCAAGUAUGAUGACACGGACACGGAUAAGGACAAGGCCAAGGCCAAGGCCCUGGAGGCUGAGAACGGAUGGGAAUCGUGGCGUUGGACCCCCAACCUUGGGAGCUUCCGCGAUAUUCCACGCAGAGCCGUUCUUCACAAUUCUCUCAUCGAGCGUCUGAAGGCCAAGGACGCGAAGUACUAUCCCGAGAACGACCAUGGUGAUGGUAAGCCGUGUUUAUUGGGUCCUGGCAAGAAGGGAGUUGCGAGGAUAAAGGAGGCUGAAAAGCAGAACCAGAAGGCUCUGGAGGAUUAUGAAACUGAUGAGGAAAGGACUUGGGCUGCACGACAUCAACUUUGGCAGCUUGAUCCCCCCGAGGACAAGGCCAAGGCCAAGGCUAACACUCGCGCUUGAAACUUGUAAUUGGAUACUUCAGGAGUUUAUAAGGGUAAUAAUGGU